AUGGCGGACGCGGAUUCCCCAUUUUACAGGCGUGGAAGGCCUUCUUAUGAUGAUAGUGUGAGACCUCCUUCUUAUGCCAAACAAAGAAAACCGGAUCCUGAGGAGAAGUUUGCCUUGGGAAGGAGGGGAAUUCUUGUCUUCUUCACUUUGGCGGUUCUUACAUUGAUGGCUGCUCUCGAUGGGACUUCGUUGUCUGUUGCGCUGCCGGACAUUGCUCAAGAGUUGAACGGAACAGCCAUAGAAGCAUUUUGGAGCGGUACCUCGUUCCUAUUAUGCUCAACAGUAUUCCAACCAAGUUUUGCUUCUUUCUCUAAUAUAUUUGGCCGCCGACCCAUGAUACUGAUCGCUCUCGUAUUCUUUUGUGUUGGUGCCAUUAUCUCGGCAAUUGCAAACAACUUUACCUACAUGCUAGUCGGUCGAUCUAUACAAGGUGUCGGUGGCGGAGGCAUUAUCUCACUGAGCGAGGUCAUAAUUACAGAUCUUGUUCCUUUACGAUGGCGAGGACAGUACUUCGGCAUUCUGAGUGCAAUGUGGAGUAUUGGAUCAGUUACAGGACCGAUUCUUGGAGGUGGUUUCGCCGAGAAUGUAUCAUGGCGAUGGAUCUUUUAUAUCAAUUUUCCCUUCAUCGGCGUCGGCUUCAUACUCGUCAUUCUCUUCCUCAACCUGAAGCUCGCACCCAGUUCAUUAGUCGAGAAGCUUCGACGAAUCGAUUAUUUUGGAACCGUACUUUUUGUUGGAAGUAUCUCAUCAUUCCUCAUCCCACUCACCUGGGGUGGAGUCUCCUACCCCUGGAGCUCAUGGCGGACAUUAGUCCCUCUCUGCGUGGGAGGCGCCGGCCUACUUUUUUUCGCAUUUUACGAGUAUUACUUCGCAUCCGACCCGAUAAUUCCACCUCUUAUUUUCAAGAACCGUACCGCAACUGCUUCUUUCAUUGGAAGUGUUCUACAGGGGUUGAUUCUCUGGUGUGCUCUCUAUUAUCUUCCUCUGUACUAUGAAGCCGUGAAGGAGUAUAGCCCCAUCCUUUCGGGCGUGGCCCUCUUCCCUGAGACUUUCACUGUUGCUCCUAGUGGUAUGAUUGCUGGGAUUCUUAUUACAGUCACUGGUCGUUAUCGGUGGGCUGUGUGGUUGGGAUGGGUUCUUUCAACUAUCGGACUUGGUCUGAUGUGUCUGAUCAAAGUCCACACCAGCGUCGUUGGGUGGAUUUUUCUGAACAUCGUCUCAGGUCUGGGACUGGGGAUCUUGUUCCCUUCCCUGGGCUACGCGGUUCAAGCUUCGUCAGAGCCAGAGAAUCUCGCCAUUGCGGUCGCCAUGUUCAGUUUCUUCCGUGCCCUCGGCCAAGCCAUUGGUGUUGCAGUUGGUGGAGUGGUCUUCCAAAACCGCAUGUUCAGCAAUCUUAUGAGAUAUCCUGAUCUGGUUCCCAUGGCCGAUGCAUAUAGCAAGAAUGCCGCGGGCUUGGUCCAGAUUAUCAAGGCUAUGGCAGAUGGUGCAGACAAAGCUAAUCUCAAAGAGGCGUAUACCGACAGUCUGCGCACAGUAUGGAUUGUCUGCUGUGCCGUCUCCGGUGUGGCCCUAGUGAUUAGUCUAUUCACUGAGCACUACGACCUGGACCGUGACUUGGAGACAAACCAGGGUCUUCGAGGCGACGAUGAGACUAUUGCAAGCGAGAAGGACUUGGAGAUGCGUGCAGGGAGAAUGAUGGCUCCUGAAAGCCGACCUUCCGUGUGGUGA